GCACGUCGCCGUCGCGUCGCUGUAACCCUAGCCUAGCCGCCCCCCGAAGCUUCCCGUCCCUCUCCUUGCGGCGGCCGCGGGCGGCGCGGCGAGUCGGCGGCAACCCCGCCCCCCUCCUACCCUGCGUCUCCCCACCUAAACCCCGCUGCUCCGCCUCCCCUUCUGUACCGCAGAUCCUGUCCUCCGCGUUCACGAGGACCACUCAAUCCACCCCCACUUCACAGGGCGGGAUCUGAUCGCAAUCGAUCCCCGCCGCCUCCUCCUCCUCCGGAGGGGCCCCAGGCCCGACGACGACGGAGGCGAGGGUAGAAGACGGAGGCGAGGAGGACGACGAGGCGGAGGACAAAGAGCCCAUGCCGGCCGCCGGGGCUCGCCGCUCCACGCGCGUAUUCAUGCCCAAGGCGCCCAAGCCGCUGCAAGCCCAGGAUCAUGCCGACCCCGCAACCAGGGUCCUGCGCUCCGGCAAGCGCCUCGCCGCCGAUCGGAUCCGCUGGGACGCCAAGGAGGCCGCCGCCGCCGCCGCCUUCAACGUCGACGUCGACCACGACCAGCAGCACCUAAAAGAGGAUUCCCCCAAGCCGGUCCUGCCGCCCCUGACGAAGUCCUUCGGGAUCGUCUACACCAGGAAACGCCGCCGCCGGAGGCACCCCGCCGCCGAGGUCGUCGCCGAGAACGAGGACGGCAGCAGGAGGUUUGGGAUAGUAUACACCAGGAGGAAGGGGAAGCGAUUGAAGGUCGCCCCUCUUCAGCUCCCACAGGAUCCGGACGCCUCCUCUGACCUCGCUGCGGCGAUUCGAUGCUCCUCCUCCCAGGAGUUUGCGUCAAGAACUGGCUUCUUGGAUGCUCAUUUCUCGGCCUUUGUGGAUGGUUCUGCAGCUCAAUCUGGGGCUCUGACGCUUGUCGUCCUUGUUGAUACGUCUUGCUCCAGGAGUUCUCAUCGGUUCCAGGGCCUUCUUCUACCCGUGCUGAGGUGGAUGCGCUGCAGUCGGCAGCGGGACAAGGUCCGAAACCUAGCCACUUUCAUCUUGUCUGCUGGCGUUGCUGCUGCUUUUGCGUCGCAGGGGGUGCACUUUGUCAAGCUCCAGCGCCAGAGAGCUUCUGCAUUGUUACAUAGGCCUCUGCUGCAUUGUGGGUGGUGUGCACUUCACGGUGCCAAGAAAUCUGAACCUCUGGUUUCGGUUGUUUUCUCAGCACUUCCUUCAUACUUUUGGAGCUUGCAUUCUUCUGUAGCUCUUGAUUCCAUGUAUCUGCCAGCUGUGAUUAGGCAGAGCAGCCCACUGUCUGGGGUAGCUAAAGAAAUCUAUCAUCACACUCCUUUGUAUGUGGAUUCUGGGGCUCAGAGCACUGGGAUUGCCAAACCCACUGCUAUCGUUGGCAGCGAUGAACCAUGCAUAGUGGUCUCAGACUACCUGCCCCUUGAACAAGUUGCUGGACUAGUGGUGCAUGGUCUGAAGCUAAAGAAGCAUCAAAGGAAGAGGAGAUCAAUGAGGCAUCCCCGAAAUCGACGGUGUCUUUCAUCAAGAUUACCUGACAAUGGAAUUGGGAUGAAGCAGAGCACAGUUGCCAUCCAUACAGAAGUAAAGAUGCCAUCAAUUAGGCAAGAACUUGUGGAGCCUGUCCAACCUAAAGCAGCAUUAGAAAUUUCUCUUGAUUUGCUUGAAAACAUGGAUGAAAGCGAUGUUUCGACUCCCAUGGGAUCAACUAGGAGAAAGAGAUCUUCUUUGAAGAGUCCAGUCGACAGAAUGAAUGAAAGGCUGGCCUUGGCUGAGGUGAGACAGAACAUAGAUUCUGUUCACAGCAAAGCAAACCUUUUAAUCAUUCAAGCUGAUAGAUGCUGGAGGGAAGAAGGUGCUGAAGUUAUGCUAGAACUAUCAGAUACCAAUAAGUGGUGUAUAGUUGUGAAGAUACAAGGUGUUACUAGAUACUCCCUUAAGCCUUCAGAUUUGAGGUCACAUGUUGUUAAUCGUCAUACUCAAGCCUACAUUUGGGCAGUUGACGAUGCAUGGAAGCUUGAGUUCACUGAUAAGUGGGACUGGCUGUUAUUCAAAGAGUUGCAUGUUGUGGGCCGUGAGCGCAAUUCCCAGGGAAAGCCAAUCCCAAUUCCUGGUGUACAUGAGGUUUCUGAUGAUUUGGAAGGGACUGUUGCAGAUCCUUUCUCACGCCCUGUGGCGGACUAUAUCAGGAUGGUGGAUGAUGAAGUUGCCCGAGCUCUCUCGAGGGAUUCUAUUUAUGACAUGGACUCAGAGGAUGAACGGUGGCUCAUUCAGUUGAAUCAUGCAUAUUCCAAUCAAAAUAGCUCUCAACGGGAGCAUACCUCUUACGAAGAUUUUGAGAUGAUAAUAAGCAUAUUUGAAAAGGAUGCCUACAACAAUCCCAAAGGAAUAAUUGAUUUGGGUGAGCUUAUUUCCAGAUAUCCUGCUUUACGAAAGGAUGACAACGUGCAUGCUGUGUAUGAGUAUUGGACAAAUAAGAGGUCUAAGCGAGCUGCACCAUUGCUAAGGAUAUUUCAGGGUGCACCCUUAAGGCGAGGACAUCUAUCACAAAAGUCUGCCAUGAAGAGAAAGAGAUCUUUCAAGAGGCAAAGAAGCCAAGCUGGCCGUGGAAAGCCUGAAACUUUAUUGCAAGAUCAUGCUGAAGAGGAGGCGGCUUUUCAGAGAGUUGCGCAAGCUGAACGUGCAGCAAAACAGGCUGUAGAAACAGCCAUUUGUCUUCGCAAUAGAGCCCAGUCUCUCAUGGCAAAUGCAGAGCUCGCAACAUACAAAUCUGUCAUGGCUCUCAGGAUUGCUGAGGCUGCUAGGAUAUCUGACUCUUCUCGAGAUAUUGUUUGUACUAUCCUUGACUGAAGAAGAAUAUGUGCUGUUCAUUGAUUUGUGUGGAGGCAUGGGCAAUACUCUCCUUUCUUUUCUUUGGUUACUUCAUCGCCCAUGGUAUUGGCUUUUUGAUAAGCUGCGGAGCUAUUUUUUCCCCUCCUCUUCUGUUGUUAACUUUGUCAAGCCAAUUUUGAGGCGAAUGCUUGAACUCAAAACUGUAAUUCUUGUAUAAAUGAAAGUAGCUAGCUAGAUUCUGUAUCUUAUGUGUACUAGUGUUCUGUAGAGAUGAUGAAAGAAAAAGUAGAAAAGAAAAUGUUGCAAGAGAUGAAGGGAAAUCAAGCAUCUGUUUGCAUCCC